CGGUUCCAAGUUGAGCCGCCGGAGAUCAAGUCAAUGGACAAGCUAAUGGUCGUCGAACAAGGCAUGCUGCUGAGUGUCGACUGGAUUGCCGAGUACCAACGCUUGACAUCAGUCCCAGACAUCCAGAUGGGCUUCAAAGCCAUCCGCCACUAUUUCAUCUCAAGGUCGUGUCCGACAUUAAGCAAUGCCCUGACUCACGUCGAGGACAACUUGACGACAACGGCGGAACUCUUUGACAAGGCCGCACAAAUUAUCAUCACGAACAAGGAGGCUAAGAACAUGGGUUCGUCUGCGCCAGGCCUGAGCAGAGACCAGCAUCGGCCAAGAGUGGUCGUGGUCGCGGCAGCAACGCCGUUUCACCAAACUAGCGAGGUCGUGUCUGCCAAUGAAGGGGACAGACUCGCAGCCUCCCGGGAAGGUGGCCGCCCCGGCAAAGGCCGAGGACGUGGCAAGCCGAAGACAGACACCGCAUCUAGCCCCGGGCCCGGUGCAGCUGCUCCAGCCCCAUGGUCCCAAUACGGCACCUCCGAGCAAGCAUUCAAAGCGCGUACCUCGAAGACGAAGCUGGAGCAACGGCGCUGCAGUCGUGCAAGUGACCGGGUUGAGAAGGGAAAGGGGGCUGAGCAGGCAAAGGCCAAUAGUGGUGCACCGCCCAUUCAGCCCCCUUUUGAACCACAAACGGAGGAGAAACAAAGGGAACUGCAGAAUGAAUCCACCGUUUACCGAUGGAUAGAGAGGGGGCAGCCGGCCGAGCCGAAGGGCUACGGCCAGUACUGGGUUCGAUGCAGACUGUGCAACAAGCAGUUUACUGCAGCGAAGACUCGGGCAAUGGAUCACUUCUUGAAGAAGGGGAAGCCAUGCCCGUACCGCACUGGCGAGAUAUUGCAUGAGCUCGCUUUGCAAGGGGCGAAUAUAAUCGGGGAGGCCUCCAGGAAGAUGUUGUUUCAGUACAAGAUGCAGAAAGGAAUCGUGGAGGACACUGGAAUGGAGCCUGCUGGAGGAGACAAAGAUGAGAUUGCUGAGUUGGAGGAGCAUCUUCGUUCGCCACCAACGCCAGGGAGAGAGCCGAGUGCAGUGCAAGAGGCAAGUCAAGGAACCGUGUUGGACGCAAUAGACAACGGACGAGCAUCUGCACUGGUGGGAAAGUUCGGCGAAGGCUCAUCCACUCCAGCAAAGCUUUCAAGGCAAGUCUCGAUCCGGCGGUGGGCGGAAAACACUGCACAAAAGAGAUUGGACGCGCAGUGGGGGAGGGCAUUGUUCCGAUCGGGAGUCCCCUUCAACUUCUUGCGAGUCGAUGAGACACGGGCAUUGCACAACCUGUACAUGGAGCUCGGAGCCACAAAGGCAGUUCUGGACAUACCAUCUUCAGAGACCAUCCGGACAGUGGUUUUGGACCUGGUCUACGACCAAGGUCAUGCUGCACGGCGGUUGGAAGAGGGGUUGCCCCCUUACAUGGAUUUCGCGGAUCUGAAGUUGGGUGGCCCCGAGAUCCUUGAGGAGGGACAAGGGUUUGGUGGUUUUGGCAAAAACGAUGACGAAGAUUUCGAGAAUGGCUUCUGGGCCAGAUGCUUCAUCGUUGGAGAUGCGGUCAUGAACGAUGAUGUUCUCCAAGACAAGAACAACAACAAGUGUGAUGCAGCGUGUGUCGAUCUAAUCAAUAGUAACAACCAAAUUGCCGCCGAUAUUCGGGGACCAGUGAGUGAUUUUGCUGCCGGUGUCUGGUAUCAACACAUAAUUUGCGAUUCACGGAAGUUGGAGGUGCUGCCACGUGGACACUAAUAUUGAGUGGUUGUGUGGUAUGAAUGUGCCACGUGGCAACUCAGGUGGUUCACUGCUGAGUUCGGAUGCGGGAUCACUACGAUUGUAUUUCGAUUUUCCUAUUCUGAAUAUCCCUUCCUCUCGUAGUGUUUUAUGGUCUUCGUAUGACAUGGACGAGGGUUUCAGAAUAGGCAUAAGUUUUUAGGUUGCGAUGGGCGGUUAAUCCCCUCGGAAAGAGGGCAAUCAAUGCUGCUCAUUGCG